CCUGCAUAACCGCCUCUGCCCCAUUCAGUGCUGAAUGGACGGUGCGCUGAUCUUUUUCUCGAUCUGGACAAUGAUCACAGAGCCAGAUUGGAUUAGUGAAACCUAUUUACCAGAAGUUCAGAGCGGUUGCAUGAAGCUGAAAGGCAGUCAGUAGGGAGAGGUGGAAAAUGCACCAGAUUUACAGCUGCAGCGAUGAAAAUUUAGAAGUUUUCACUGUGAUUUCUUCCAAAUCAUGCAGUCCUGCCCGAAGACGAGCCAAAGCUACGCAGCACAUCCUGGCAAAGAGUGCGGCGGUGCCGGAGCGGCGGUGCCAGCACGGGGAGCUGCGGUGGUCCCAGCACGGUGAGCCGAGGUGGUCCCAGCACGGUGAGCCGAGGCGGUGCCAGCACGGGGAGCUGCGGUGGUCCCAGCACGGUGAGCCGAGGUGGUCCCAGCACGGUGAGCCGCGGUGCCAGCACGGUGAGCCGAGGCGGUGCCAGCACGGUGAGGCGGGCGGCGAGGCGGCGGCUUGGGCCGCGGGCGGCCGGCAGGGCGGGCCCGCCACGGGCGCUGCCCGGCACGUGGGAAUUACUGAACAGGAGUCAUCCAAGUCCUGUAAUCACCUGUUGGACGGAAAAUCCUUGAUCCCUCCAUCUCCAGUUGCCCACAUCACGGUGAGAGCUGUGGCUGUCACGGGCUCGCCCACACGCGACCGCACUUCUACGGAAGACCACAGGCAGCGCUGGAGGAAGACAACAGAGUAUGACCUGGCCCUGCCACCAGGAGCAGAAGCUUCCCUACCACUGACAGGAGGCAACCUGUGUGGGACACCCAGCCUCCUGAGGAAGAUGUGGAUGAAGCACAAGAAGAAGUCAGAGUACCUGGGGGCAACAAACAGUGCCUUUGAGGCGGACUGAUGAGGCUCAAUAUCCCUUGGAAAGGCAGAAGGUCCUUUAGCAGGACAAGGUGCUUUAGGAUCAAUGAGGGAACGGACACAGCACAGCUCAUCCAGGAAAAUGAUAUCCUUUUUGUUACUUGAUGCCAUUGCCUCAGAACAGUGGGAGAAAGGCUAACAAAGGUAAAAAUGAUGAAUGUGAUGCAACUCAAUGGCCUUUCCUUGUUGCAUCAAAUGAAAAUCCUGACUAACCCACUAGAUUUACCUCUUGACUCAAUGCUGAGACUACUGCUGACCCAUCCAACAUUUCCAUUGUCCUGUCUGAAUGAGCUCAGACUUGAAACAAGGGAAGCCUACAAAGAGGUUUGUGUUUUCCUGCAAGGCAACAGACUGAUUACAGAGUGCCAUUAAAUCCCAGGGAUCUGCUUGUGCACCACUGCCUGUCAUCUUUCCCCUCUCAUAUCAUGAGAUAAAAACCUCAUCUUGCAAUAUGCUUGGCUGAAUGACACAUGCUAAAAAACAUCUCUUUUCCUUCAGUUUUGAUGUUUCAAGACAGGAGUAAAAGAUGCAAAAAUUCUAAAACAAUGGACCAGAACUGAGAAAGUUUGCAAACAUAUGUACCAAACUUUGCUACGUGACAAAUGACUUGUGUUUUAAGUUGUCCUGCCAGAUCAAACUAUGAGCAAGAGGAUACCCUCAAGGGAUACUUUCUGCUGUAGAACCUGCUUAUAAGUGAAAUGGUAGUCAGCAAUUUACCCUCUACUCAUGUGGUAAAGGAUAUUACAUUAAGUGCACAAAAUACUAAGAGGAAGGAAAAUAUGUAAAUGGUGCAACUAGGUGACUAAGUAUAAGAUAUUUGCAUGUAAGAGACCCAUGCUUAUGAAUAGAUGGAUUUAAUGGGAUUUGCUUUAAAAUUUUUUCUCUCUUUUUUUUUUUCAAUUUGGAGAUUGCUGGUCAGGUCCUCUUCAGUUUUUCUCUUAAAGAACAAAAAAUAGUUUUACAAAAAAGUUUUCACCACUGUUAUGGACAAUAUUACAUUAGCCAUGAGCAGUACUUGCCUUCUGUGAGUGCUCUCCUACUUACUAUAAAAACCACUGUUUUUCCUAAAUACAGAACUUUAUAUUUAAAGUCAGAGGAGGCGUAUCUCCUGUUGUUUGUAGCAAUGAUGACCUCUAAUCUAACCGCCAAUGCACCAAGGUGUAAAUUAAAAAUAAAACUCUGACUCUGGGACAGUAGCAGAGGGAAGGAGCUCCCAUCUACACCUUGCUUGCCUGCAGCCCGUGCAGUGAAGCCACUGAGAUGCCAUCACAGACAAUGCCAUGGUGGUGAGGGGCAGCUGGCCCUGCUCAGGGGUCACCCCUCAGGAGUACCAAGGGACCACCUGGAUGGGAGGGAAGGACAGCCAGGACUUCUGGCUUUGGGUUGAGGAGCGUGGAGCAGCACACAGGAGAGGUUUGCAGCUUGACAGCCGAGCAACCAAAGUUCAUGGAAUGGGAAAACAAAUGGAGCAGGCCAGUAGCUUUACAGAGCAUAUGGUCCUGAUGGCUGCAGGGAGGGCAGCAGCAAAAAUCUAUUGGGGCUGGACAUGGUGGAAAUGGUAGUAGGAUGGGGAUGGAAGUUCUUACUUAAAAAGCUACUGUGGCUUUUCUUACUACUGAAAAAGGUACUGUGGCUUUUCUUACUGCUAGAGCCAAGUCAGUCCAGUGUGCCAAGGAGAGAAAGGCACUGCACCUUCAUGAAAUACCUCUGUUAGCCCUCCUGUUCAGCUCUCCAUCACUGCUCCAGUCACAGGCUCCUCCAUCAGUUUCCUCAACUGGCCACUCCGCACCUCGAAACCACACAGACUCUCCCUCCCCAUUACCAAAGGUGAAAGUCCUUCUCUGGCCCAGCAGCCUGAGACAGGGAUGAUCUGCUCUCCAGCUUUCUUUUCUUGCUCCUGGGAAAGAAGUAGAACACAGUUCCUUGUGAACCCCAUGCUGGCAGUGGUGACCCAGUGUUGCCCAUGUGUUCUCUGCAUGAGAGGGCAAAGCUGACACCCACUGAAGGCUGCUCACCUGAGGUUUCUCACAGGGGUCCACCCCACCUUCAAAUUAGAGUCUGGCACACUGAUCCUGUGCAAAAGUCUGAGCACCCUGACCCUGCCAACUUCAGGUCCUCUAUGACUGAGCCAAGCUGGAGCCAUGGUGAAGAGUUUCCUGAAGCAUUUUUUACAAACAUCACCAACCACACUUCAGCCCCCUCCUCAGCCCAUAGGACUCCUGCCAGAAACCAUAUCUGUAUUUUUGCACAUAUAGGUAAACCUGGUAAAUUCAGUGGGACUGCUCCCCUGCACAGCAGUACACACUUUCAAAGAGCUGGGAUAAGACCAAUCACUGCUUCCCCUUUCUGGUCUCAUUUCCUAAACAAAGGAAAAAUAAGGAUGAUGGACAGACACUGGGAAAAGUCCAUUUACUGAAUUGGGUGUAAUUAAGGGAGUGAACAUUUGUGGUACCUGCUCUUGUAGUUCACAUGGCCCAAAAAGUAAUGAAACACAGUCCAGGGCAGCAGAAGUUGCAUUGUAGAAAUAGUAUUUAAUUUAUUAAUUAAUAGCUUUGGGCAGUAUGAGGAUGGAGGUGGAGAUUAUUAAUAUUUCUUCUUAAUAAUUGCUGUAUUUUGACAUUUGUAUUUAUGCUUUUCUUAUUUAUUUAUUUAUAAUUUGGAUCUACAAGAGAAGGAGCUAUUUACAAGAAGGAUAUUUAAUUUCUUUGUAUUCCAGGAACUGCUGUGGAGAUUUUUUGUAUUGUAGUAUUUAUUUUAUUGAUUUAAAAUUAUGUUCCAUACUUAAAAAAAAAAAAACAACAACAAAAUAAACAAGUAGCAUGUGGUUA